AUGAACCAUGAUGACGGGGUGGCUGCUGCAGCGGCUGCUCUGGAAGUGGUCAUUGUCCAUUCACCAAAUUCAAUGAAUGGUCGCGGUGAAUCUCGUGUGAUUGGUGGCCAUGAAUCAUUGGAUGGCCAAGUGGUCAGCUCAUGUUGUUGUCGACGAAGGAAACGUCACAAUGCCACCCAGACGACAUGUGGAAAUCAGCAAUUAACGAAUCGUUGCUGUUGCGUGAAUCAGCAUCAGCAUCAGCAAAGUUCAUCGAAGCGGAGGGCCUUGUUGUGCCAGCAGCGACGCCAUCGACAUCAUCGCAGGCACCAACACUCGGUGGAUACCAGCGAAAAGCAGUCGCAGCAAAUGCAUCAUCAACCCAUUGCCAUAGAGAUCGAUGCGGCAACCACCACAAUGACCGAAGAGGAUGUUAGCAGUACGGCCACCUCGAAUUUCCCUUUCAAAGCGACAGCCCUUCAACAACAACAGGGUGGUGUAAGUCCAUUGAUCCUCUCGCCCAUGAGAGAGCCACGACGUUGUUCACUCAAUUCUAAUACCACCAUAGAGACGGAUGAGCUUUCACCCGACGAAGAUGCCGAGGAUGUGAAAAUUGUAACGAACGAGAGAGUUAAAAUCAAGCGCAAACGCUUUCGUGAGGAAGACUUCUGCUCCAGCUGUUCCAGUUGCAGUAAACACACCUCCACAUCGUGCAGUAGCAGCAGCAGUUUGGAUGAAGAUCUAAAUCGUAAUCACGAGCUAACCGUUGCGGCUGAAUGUCAUCAAUGUGAGGGCAAUUGCAGUUGUAGUUGCGGCGAUGAGGACGAAGAUGCCGAGUGUGAGGAGGAGGAGGAGGACACCACAGAGCAGCGGGAAAGUUUUUGCACGGCCGCCGAUCAUACGAUAUUGAGUCACGACACGGCCAUGACUCCCGAAAAUGAAGACACUUUAACGCCAUCCCAACAAAUGGACUCGACCAUGCGUAGUGACACGGCUGGCAUCGACGAUGAGGGAAAUCUAACCGAUGCCGAUGCCUCAUCGUUGAGUCAAUCUGCCGAGUAUUUCUCAAUCUCAUCAAAUAAUCCAGUAUCGUCAACAUCUCCGCUGGAAAGUCAAUUAUGA